AUGGAGGAGGAGGAGGAGGAGGAGGAGGAGGAGGAAAACAAUCAGCUGGCCUUCCUGGAUGUCCUCGUCUGCCGCAAAGAUUGUGGUGGCCUAAAAACCAAAGUGUUCAGGAAAGCGAGAAAUACGACGCAAAUACUGAACUUCAAUAGCAACCACCCGAUCAGUCACAAACGCAGUUGCGUAAGGGCGCUAUACCGGCGUGUUGAGACGCACUGCAGUGAAAUGGAAGACAAGGUUGCUGAAUUACAAUAUCUUCGACGGGUAAUGAGAGCUAAUGGCUACCCGCGCAACUUUGUCAACCAGUGCAUGCGAAAAGGACACCAGAGACCAAAUCCAACUACCCCCAAAUUUUGGCGGGCUCUUCCGUACGUGAAGAAGGUCUCGGAAGCCGUCAGUCGUCUUCUCACUCCACUUGGAGUUGGGGUUGCACACAGGCCGGAAGCAACCAUUAGGCGCCAAGUAAUGAGGCCAAAGGACCCGCUGCCAAGGCAGGAAACGUCUGGAGUCGUUUACCGGAUCUGGUGUAGUUGCGGACAAAGCAAUUAUGUCGGAGAAACUGGGAGAUUACUCCGUACGCGACUUGCCGAGCCCGCAGCAGCAGUGAGGCGGGGAGACGCUAACUCUCAGGUGGCGGCACACUCGACGGGACCCGGCCAUAUUUUCAAAUUUCAAGAGGCCGAAAUCCUCGCAAGAGGUGACAACCGCGUGAGCCGCGAGCUGCUCGAGUCAUGGUUCUCAGCCCCGCAAUCCAUCAACAAACACAAUGACCUCCCGGUGCCCUAA